AUACUAAUUUUGCUCUAUACCUACAUCCGUGUGUUGUAGUCUAUGCUUUCUUCUUGGUAACCAGUUUGGUUAGGUUAGAAAUUUCAAAGGAAGCAACAUGACAAUACGCCCGGUUUACAGACCGGAGAUCGUCAAAAAGAGGACGAAGAGGUUUAUUCGCCAUCAAAGUGAUCGAUACAAGAAAAUAAAGCGAGCAUGGAGGAAACCGAAAGGUAUUGAUAACAGAGUUCGUCGUCGCUUCAAGGGCCAGUACUUGAUGCCGUCUGUGGGUUAUGGUAGCAACAAGAAGACUAAGCACAUGCUUCCCUGUGGUUUCAGAAAGGUCUUGGUCCAUAAUGUCAGGGAAUUGGAAGUCCUCAUGAUGCAGAACAGAAAAUAUUGUGCAGAGAUAGCACAUGCUGUCUCGUCCAAGAAGAGGAAAGCUAUUGUCGAGAGAGCACAGCAGCUGUCUAUCCGAGUGACGAACGCCAAUGCCCGUCUGCGUAGCGAGGAGAAUGAGUAAACCUCUCAUAUUGUGAUGUUUGUUAUAAUAAACAACCAAAAGUGUAA